CCCCGGCCCGGUGCCGCCGGUGUAGCCGCGGGGGCGUGGCGGCGGGAAGGGCCUCCCGGCUGGCUGGUGCGGCUCCCCGGGAGCCGGCCCUCUGGGCGCCGUGAGCAGGAGCCGUCCGGGGCCGGCGAGGCCAGGCCGGGGCUGGAAGGAUCUCCUCGUCUUCCUCCGCAGGCCCUGGAAGUGAAACCCCGCCUUCGUCCCGCGGGGGUGCGCCCCCAGCCCCUCAUCUCCAGUGUUCCGCCCUCUGGGAUUUCUCUCUCUGAGGAGGCCAUAUGGAUCUCUCGACGCCUUUGCCCCCCGUACCCUGCUCCCCGACCCGCAACCCAGCCCCACGGACAAUCCAGAUCGAGUUCCCACAGCAUAGCUCGGUGCUGCUGGAAGCCCUGAACCGCCACAGGCUAGAGGGAAAGUUCUGUGAUGUGUCCCUGUUGGUGCAGGGCCGGGAACUUAGAGCUCACAAGGCAGUGUUGGCUGCUGCCUCUCCCUACUUCCACGACAGACUUCUGCUGGGGGAUGCGCCACGUCUCACUCUACCCAGCGUCAUUGAAGCCGAUGCCUUCGAGGGGCUGCUCCAGCUCAUUUAUUCAGGACGCCUCCGUCUGCCUCUGGAUGCUCUGCCUGCCCACCUCCUUGUGGCCAGUGGCCUCCAGAUGUGGCAAGUAGUAGAUCAGUGCUCAGAGAUUCUUAGAGAACUAGAAAUCUCAGGUGGAAUUUCAACCUGUGGGGCGACGUCUUACCACACUUUUCUUUCAACCACAUCCUCUCCAGGAGGCUGGUGCAUUCGCUCUUCCUCUUUCCAGGCCCCAGUGCAGUCUUCCUCCACCUCUAGGGAGAACUCUGUUUUAGGGGAGGGGAGUGAACUGGGAGAUGUGUUACAGAUUAAAGUUGAGGAAGAAGAGGAGGAGGACCAGGGGUCAGCAGCCCCUUCUCAGACACCUCAGCCUCAGAGGGUAUCAGGAGGGUUUCCCUGCCCUCAUGGAUCCCACCCACUGCCUGUAUCCACUACAUAUUGUAGGGUUCCUUGCGAGAGUGCCCCACUUGAGCCUCCUGCCCUUCAUACUGCACCACCCCCCAAAGUCUUCUACAUUAAGCAGGAACCCUCUGAGCCUGAAGAAGAGAUACCAGGGGGUGGAACUCAGUCUGGAGGAGCAAAGGAGGAGACCAAAGUGUUUUCUGGAGGGGACACCAAAGGGAAUGGAGAACUAGGGUUCUUGUUACCCUUAGGAGCAGGGGCAACAUAUGGAGGAGGAGGAGGUCCAUCCUGGAAACCAGUUGAUCUUCAUGGGAAUGAAAUCUUGUCAGGGGGUGGGUGGCCUGGAGGGGGAGGACAGGCUGUGCAUGGGCCUGUGAAGUUAGGAGGUAUACCCCCUGAAGAUGGAAAACGCUUUGGUUGCUUGUGUGGAAAGCGGUUUGCAGUGAAGCCAAAGCGUGACAGGCAUAUCAUGCUGACCUUCAGCCUUCGGCCCUUUAGCUGUGGCAUCUGCAAUAAGCGCUUCAAGCUGAAGCACCAUCUGACAGAGCAUAUGAAGACUCAUGCUGGAGCCCUGCAUGCCUGCCCCCAUUGUGGCCGUCGGUUUCGGGUACAUGCCUGUUUCCUUCGCCAUCGGGACCUAUGCAAAGGCCAAGGCUGGGCCACUGCUCACUGGACUUACAACUGACUGCCAAGGGCAUACACGAACUUCUAGGAUAAGAGAGCCACUGCUGCUGAUGGAUACUUUUUCAUCACCACCAUCACACCCUGCUCCUGGAUCUUGUAAUCAUGCCAAGAAAAUAGAUAUAUUCCAGACAUCUGGUUCUUAAGUGUGGAUGUCAACCUGGCAGAUUCUGGGAUCUCAGAUUUCUUAUAACCAAGUUUUUUGCUAACCACCCCAUAGGAGGGUGGUUUACAGGGCAUAUGUAAAUUGAUCACUUGCCCCAUAACAGACCUUUCGUGCAGGAAACCAGAUUUCGGAUUAGAAGUUUGGUGAGAGAAAAGUUAGAACAAAAGAUGUAAUGAUAAACAUUUCACUUGGUCUCCAUGAGGUGUUGAAGGAGCUGGUCUCUAUUCUAGGGAUGUCUGAUUCUAGGGUCCAGUAAUUCAGAAACCAAUUAAGGUCUAUGCUCUCCUCUCCCUUGUCAUUGCUGAAAUGAUUUAGGUAGAGUUCUUUUUAUGUACUUUCUUUUGUUCGAUCUUUCCAGAAGCCUCUCAGAUCAUAACUCAUUCUGCACCUUCCCAACACUUCUUUUAUUAACAUUGUAGUUGAGCACUUUAACAAAUUGAGCGUUCCAUGUGUCAUUAGAACUCUCUUUUUAAUAGAGGAUAUCCCCUAAAUAGCCUGUGCCUCUUGUUUACCUUUGUCCACCACUGAUCACCCAUAUAUUGAUCACGGUGAUUAGAAUAUGACCAAAGAACUCAGGAGAUGGCCACUGACCUAAAAUGCUCUCAGGGUAGCACCACUGUUUUUGAACAAGUGGCUGUUGUCAGAGACUGAGACAGCACAUACAGGAAAGGCUGAAGAGUAACUGCACAGUAGGACCAUACCCCUUAUCCAUCCCACUUACACAUGAUAGGCCCUUGUUUGAGAGAGAUAGAAGAGUAGAUAUUGGAAUGGGGAGACUGUCACAGGUUACUUAAUUUCUUCAAAUAAACUUUGCCCUGAAAUUUAAA